CUAUUUGGAGCGGGUCGGUCCAUUGGUCCACCGAUCCAUUCCAUGUUUUGGGAUGUUCUAAUGCUUCGUGUUCUGUGUAUAUCUGUGUGAGAGAAGCCGAGUCUUGUUUACAGCGGUGAUUUUACGGAGCGCGGACCAUCAGGAGAGUCUGGUCGUCGCGAAGGAAUCCAAACGACGUCGUGGAAACCUACGAAUCAAACACGCUAUUUAUUCAAAGAUCAUCAUUUUAUAGUGCGAAAAAACAAAUUCACGCUUGGGAGUUGCUCACUCCUGCACCUCGGAAAAACAGUUUUUUUCCCUUACCGCAAAACAGAGCGACUGUGAGAGCGCGUGAAGGCGGUAGGGGAGGGUGAGCCGGGGGUAGUUGCAGUUGGUGAAACCAUUUUUGUCCUGGCGGAUAUUUUGGAUCGAGCCCCGUCGUGAGGCUUUAUUGCGUGUUUCAUUCAUACAUAUAUGCGCUGUCCGAGUCGUCGCGGGCUUUGAAUCAGAAAAGCAAUUUCUGUGUGCAUCGAUAUAGACUGAUUCAUCACAUUGGCACAGGGACAUUUGCAUACCGUGUUUUGUCGUAAGAGAAACCGCUAGUUUAGCUCGACGUACUGUGCGUCCCUCUCGGGUUUUCAAGAAAUGGAGGCUGAAGAUGCAGAUUAUCGCUUGAGUGAAAAUCGUGGUUCCGCUGGUUUAUUAGACACGACUGCAUCAUUGCAUUGCUGGCAAGAAUAACAAAAUGUUUUGAUUUAUCUUGAAGGAAGCUCAAAUAAUUACUACCAGAUAUAGUUUAUCAAACGUUACUCUCUCAUUGCCUCCGUUAUCUUCACCAGUGGAACUAUCUUCUCUUCAAAAGCGGAUUCUUGUGGACUUUUUACUUGGUUUAAAGAAUCGGCGCAUUUUGCUGCAUUUUAUUGCGUCACGACCUUUAUAUUUUUGGGAAAUUUAAGUAAUACAUUAGUAAUGAGAUCUGGAACAGCGAGGGAUGUUUGGACCUUAUUUUGGGGUCCUCUGCUGUUUCUUCUCACCAUUUGCCCGUGGUCUGCUCAUGGAGAAGUCUGUGGUCCUCACAUUGACAUUCGCAAUGACAUCAGUGAGUUUAGGAAGCUGGACAACUGCACGGUGGUGGAGGGCUACCUGCAGAUCCUCCUCAUUGGAGACAAGAAUAACAACCUCAACCAGGAGCACUUUCGUACCCUGUCCUUCCCCAAGCUGACCAUGGUGACGGACUACCUUCUCCUGUUCCGUGUCUCCGGUCUGGACAGCCUCAGCGUGCUCUUCCCCAACCUCAAUGUCAUCCGAGGACGCAACCUUUUCUACAACUACGCCCUGGUCAUCUUCGAAAUGACUAGCUUGAAAGAUAUCGGCCUUUACAACCUGAGGAACAUCACCAGAGGGGCCAUCAGAAUCGAAAAGAACCCGGAGCUUUGCUACUUGGACUCGGUGGACUGGUCCCUCAUUAUGGAUGCUGAGUUUAACAACUACAUUAAUGGGAAUAAGCAGUCCAAGGAGUGUGGAGAUGUUUGUCCAGGUAUAAUGGAAGAUAGGCCGCAAUGUAUCAGGACCAGCUUUAAUGACAACUACAGCUCCCGCUGCUGGACAUCGAACCACUGCCAGAAGGUGUGUCUAGAGAAGUGUGAGAAGAGGGCGUGCACAGAUUCGGGUGAGUGCUGUCAUCCUCAAUGCCUGGGCAGCUGCACCAAACCAGACAACGAUAUGGCGUGUGCAGCCUGCCAGCAUUACUUUCACGAGGGCCGUUGUGUUGAGCACUGCCCACCAGGCACCUACAAGUUCGAAGGCUGGCGCUGCAUAACCAUGGACAUGUGUGCCCACGUUCACCUUCCCAGCGAGGUGGACUUCGUCAUCCACAACGGAGAGUGUAUGCCGGAUUGUCCACCCGGAUUCACCCGAAAUGAGACUCAGAGUAUGUUUUGCAAAGCAUGUGACGGACUGUGUGAUAAGGUCUGCGAAUCUAAAACAAUUGACUCGGUGGAUGCCGCUCAGUCUCUGCAGGGAUGUACGGUCAUCAGAGGCAACCUGCACAUCAACAUUCGGCGGGGCAAUAACAUUGCAUCAGAGCUGGAGAGUUUCAUGGGUUUGAUCCAGACGGUUACUGGAUAUGUAAGGAUCAAACACUCGCACACUCUCGGCUCGCUGUCCUUUCUCAAGAGUCUUCGAUACAUAAAUGGGGAAGAGCUCACUGAACAGAUGUAUGCGUUCUCUGCAGUGGACAACCAGAAUCUGCAGCAUCUGUGGGACUGGGGCCAGCACAAUCUGACCAUUAGAAAUGGAAGAUUAUUCUUCCGCUUCAAUCCCAAACUUUGCAUGUCUGAGAUCCAGACAAUGUGGGAGAAAACGGGUGUCAAGGAAAAGAUGGAAGAGGGUGAUGUUCGUGGCAAUGGAGAAAGAGCAAGUUGUGAGAGUUAUAUUCUACAGUUCACAUACAACCAGACUCAGAGUACUCGGAUAAAGCUCACUUGGGAGCGAUAUCGACCGCCAGACUACAGAGACCUCAUCAGCUUCAUAGUCUAUUUCAAGGAGGCACCCUUCCAGAACAUUACAGAAUUUGAUGGACAAGAUGGGUGUGGCUCUAACAGCUGGACCAUGGUGGACGUGGACCUCCCUCAGGACAAGUCACAAGAUCCAGGGGUACUUCUGUCACCUCUGAAGCCCUGGACUCAGUAUGCAAUCUUUGUGAAAGCUGUCAUCCUGGUUGUAGAGGACAAACACAUUCUGGGCGCUAAGAGUGAGGUGGCCUACAUCCGCACCAAUGCCUCUGCGCCAUCAAUGCCUCUGGAUGUCCGUGCGUAUGCCAACUCCUCUUCGUCCCUUGUGGUGAAAUGGUCUCCUCCUAUCUCUCCCAACGGAAACAAAACUUUCUAUCUGCUUCGCUGGCAGCAGCAGGCAGAGGAUCGUGAACUUUUCCAGCAUAACUAUUGCUCUAAAGAGCUAAAGAUUCCCAUCCGCAUCUCGGCCACGGCUUUGUCAGACAUCGAGGGAGACACCAAGCCAACCAAGUCGGACGCGGGCGGUGGUGAGAAGGGCCCGUGCUGCCCCUGCCCGAAAAACAAGGAGGACUUGGAGGCAGAGGCUGAAGACCGUUCAUACCGCAAAGUCUUUGAAAACUUCCUCCACAACUCCAUCUUCACACCACGACCUCCGGACCGAAAACGCAGAGACCUAUUUGGGGUUGCCAAUGGUACGCUGCUACAAGGUGCGAGCAGGAACUUCACCGUCCUGGAGGGCAACAUCACAGACUCCGAGUUGCAUGACAAAGAGUACCCUUUCUCAGAGGGCACAGUCCACACUGAGAUCAUGGAGAUAUCCAACCUUCAGCCCUUCACUGUGUAUCGCAUCGACAUCCACGCCUGUAACCACAAGGUUCACCGUUGCAGCGCAGCGGCUUUCGUCUUCUCCAGAACCAAACCUGCAGACAAAGCGGAUGAUAUUCCCGGCAUCGUGACUCAGGAGAGGGAUGAGAAAACAGAGGGAUCUGUACUACUGCGGUGGCCCGAACCGCAUCAUCCCAACGGACUGAUCCUGAUGUACGAAAUCAAAUAUCGUCUGGGAACCGAGCCGGAAAAGCAUGAGUGUGUAUCACGGCAACAGUAUCGGGUGCUGAGAGGAGCUCAGCUGACCAAUCUCGCUUCUGGAAAUUAUUCGGCCCGGGUCAGAGCCACUUCACUGGCAGGAAAUGGGUCAUGGACUGAACCAGUGUCUUUUUGGGUGCCGCCCCCCAAAGGAAAUUAUGAUAACGCCUUCUAUCUGGCCAUCAUCAUCCCCAUUGUAGCACUAGUGUUGCUUCUAGCAGUGGUCACUGUGGCCAUCUUUGUGACCAAAAAGAGGAAUAGUGACAGGUUAGGAAACGGUGUCCUCUACGCUUCAGUUAACCCUGAAUACUUCAGUCCUUUUGAAAUGUAUGUACCGGAUGAAUGGGAAGUGGCUCGGGAGAAAAUCACCAUGUGUCGUGAGUUGGGCCAGGGCUCUUUUGGUAUGGUGUACGAGGGCAUCGCUAAGGGCGUCGUGAAAGAUGAACCUGACACCAGAGUGGCCAUCAAGACUGUAAAUGAAUCAGCAAGUAUGCGUGAACGCAUUGAAUUUUUGAACGAAGCGUCGGUCAUGAAGGAAUUCAACUGUCACCAUGUGGUGCGAUUGCUGGGUGUGGUUUCACAAGGUCAGCCCACUCUAGUGAUAAUGGAGCUGAUGACACGGGGUGACCUGAAGAGCUACUUGCGUUCUCUUCGUUCAAAUGAGCAGGGAUCCAGUAGUCAAGCUCUGCCCCCGCUGAAGAAGAUGAUACAGAUGGCUGGUGAGAUAGCGGAUGGGAUGGCAUACCUCAAUGCCAACAAGUUUGUCCAUCGAGACCUGGCUGCCAGGAACUGCAUGGUUGCUGAGGACUUUACAGUUAAAAUCGGAGACUUUGGCAUGACACGAGACAUCUACGAGACAGAUUACUAUAGGAAAGGGGGAAAAGGACUGCUGCCAGUUCGCUGGAUGUCCCCGGAGUCUUUGAAAGAUGGCGUGUUCACCACAAAUUCUGAUGUCUGGUCUUUCGGAGUGGUUUUAUGGGAAAUCGCCACUUUAGCCGAGCAGCCCUACCAAGGCAUGUCCAACGAGCAGGUACUUCGAUUCGUCAUGGAGGGAGGACUUCUGGAUAAACCGGACAACUGCCCUGACAUGCUGUUCGAACUGAUGCGGAUGUGCUGGCAGUACAAUCCUAAAAUGCGUCCAUCUUUCCUGGAGAUCAUCAGCAGCAUAAAGGAGGAGCUGGAGCCACCUUUCCGGGAGGUCAGCUUUUUCUACAGUGAGGAGAACAAGCCCCCCGACACUGAGGAACUGGACAUGGAGGUGGAGAAAAUGGAGAACGUUCCGCUGGAUCCUGCUUCCACAUUAGGCCCCUCUUCUCAGGGGAGCACAGGGGCUCAGACCCAAAGCCCACAACCUCUCCCCCCAGCUCAGGGGCCAGGCACACCGAUGGGGUCUGCCCCGACCCCGUCCACCUCAACCCCCUCCUCCUCCUCAGCCUCUCCUGGCCUGGCCUUAGAGAAGCACUCAGGACAGGUGGCAGCAAACGGGCCAGUGGUGCUGCUGGGACCGGCGUUCGAUGAGACUCAACCCUAUGCACACAUGAACGGGGGAAGGAAGAACGAGCGAGCGCUCCCACUGCCUCAGUCAUCGGCCUGCUGAUCCUUACUUGCUUACCCUUAAAAACUCCUCAUACAGGGUACCCACAUGUGUCUCUCCCCAUGCCUUUUAUGGUCUUACGCGUUUCCUUUUGUUUGAGGAGUCUGACCAGACCGUAUUCUUCCUGGAUUAUUUCGUUUUAAAAUGAUUUCAAAUGAGGAGGAUACACAAAAAAUACUCUCGCAAUAUAUUUAAGAUUUCAGUACAAACCACCACACUGGAGAGCACUGGCUUUCGCUUGUGUAAUAUUUCCUAAAGGGAGAAAACUUGCCAGUUAAUUGUGAAACAAGAGACAAGCAUAUUAGCCAGCAAGCCCAUGUGUGUGUGUGUGUGUGUACUUACGAGUGUGUUUUUAUACAAAAAUACACAUUCCCCUUCUCGGCGCAGAACAUUUCUUCCUAUAAACGCUUGUGUCUUGGGUCAUCACAUUUCUUUUUCAUAUUGGAGCAAAAGCCGAGAUCACGUGCUUUCUGUCAGUGGGCGAGAGCUUGGACGCAAUGGUUGUUGUGGCGCCUUCCUACUUAAUGCAUUUCAACGGUGUCUGUAAAAAAGUCCGGUGGGCUUUUUUGAAACUGCCAAAUUUUUGCCAAAUCAAAUUUCCUUGUAAAAUAAAUCAAAGAGAAAGGUAUUUAUCAUUACAUAACCCGAUUCCCCCUGCACAGCCGAUUUUCUAGGUUGCACUUUGAAUUAGCGCUAAACUCUCACGCUGUCUUUUGAUGGGGGAUUUUUGGGCCUCAUCUUUUACAAUCAGCCUGAGUUUGUAAAUCCUUCCCUGUUUUAUAUGGCUCUGAUCUCCAACAAUUGCAUGGCAGUUCCUGCUGUGCACACCAUCUAUGAGCUGAGCCCCUGUCAGAGUGAUGUCUCAAGUCAAAAGGAAAGGGCGCGCCGCGCUGAACGUGAAGGUGAAGAGAUCUGCGGGCCGAAGAGAGUCAGAAAUAAAAUAUAUAUAUAAGGGAUUGGCUGAGUACUGAAGCUGCCUGAAUACAGUGGCUUUAUCUGUUUAAUGAGAGAAGUGAGGCAUUGUACACAGCAGGUAUUUUUUAGACUAGUCAUUAGUCUCUCUUUACUAUUCAUAUGAUUCUAAGAAGGGUCUUACAGUUGUAUGUUAGACCUCGAGAUCAUUUACACACAAAUCAUUGGUUCGAGUCACUUUUGAUAACUUUUUUACAGUUCUGGUGUUCACCUCUUUGUCUGUACAGAAAGAAGCUGCUAUUUUGUUUUUCUUUUGUGGGUGUUAUACAUAUAUAAAUCCUUCAGGUUUAAUAUUUUAUGAUAUCUCCACUACAGUCCAUUUUCUUAUGCUUUGUACUUAUCUUGCAAAAAAAGAAAAAGAAAAAAAAACAGCCUUUCAAAGUUUUUUAUUUUGUUCUCCCUCCCUAUAAUUUUUUUUUUUUGCAUUGCCACAUGUUCAUUGCCUUUUUUUACAUUUCUUUUUAUUAUUUUUUGUUAUUAGUUACAAACUCUUUAGCUUUGCAUGUGAACUUUAGGAACCCGUGGAAAAGUCGUCUACUAUUGCACCUCUCCAUAAGGUGCAACUCAAUCUCAGGUUAUUGUUUAAGUUUUCUUCUCCAAACAUUCUCAUCAGAGCUUGUACAUUUUUAUUACAAUUCAUCCUUAGUGCUUAACAGUAUAUCCAUGCCUGCUGCAUACAUGAAAGGUUUUAUUUUACUGUACCCCGUGUGAACCCAUUCAUCCGACUGAAUUUCAACUAUAACAGGGCUAAUUCGGUUGUCUUAUUUUAUUUUCGGUACCCCAACCAACCUAUGCGACCUCCAAACGUGGUGCAUUCAACCCACCUCAGUCUAAACGCAUGCACUGAGCGCUAACCUUCCUGAUGAUACAUGGCAAAUGUAACCAAAAAAGAUGGGUUAAUGUCCAGAAAAGUUCUGUUUUGAUUACUUCCAAAGUAUGCUAAAGAAAAAAAAGUAGGUUUCCUUGGCUAGUAUUGUUGUGUUUUGAAGGAUUUCUCCGUGUCCAUUUUGGAAUUUUUCCUGUCUUAUAAGGUUAUUUAUUUUUUGUGAUACAAGUUGAAAUCACUGUACAAAUGCCCUGAUGAUUUAGUAUAAAGAUUUUUAGAUGCAUUUUCCAUGAUGUCAUGACUGGGGGAAUUUCUUUAUUUUUUUCAUUACCUUCAGCAUCUAUCUACCUCAUUCUCUUUUAUUUGAAAUGUGUACGUAUAUGAAAUGAUAUAAUACAUCUCGCUUCCUUUCUCACAAGUUUGUCUGUAGAGACGCCUCAUUAUCCCCUGUUGUAUCUCUGAUUUUCAAUAUCUAUAAACACCACAGAGCGCAUGCUCCCGGGAAUAAAGAGAGAAGAUCAUGGUUUGGGUUAAUGUGCCUAUGGGCUUUCUAUUUUUCGAUUGUUGAACUGUCCAGAAUAACUUGGAAGAGCAUAUCUUAAGCAUUAUAAAAUCCUGUCACUUUGUUCAAGCCAAAAUAAUAAUCAGAUUGUGAAGCUAUGAUCAUUUAGUUUUAAAGGUAUUAAUGUUGGUUAUAUAAACACUCCACGUUUUUUGAAAAUAUGCUAAUUUUUCAGCUUCCCUAAAGUAAAACAUUUGAUUCUUACCGUUUUGGAAUCCAUUCAGCUGAUCUCCGGGUCGGUGCUACCACUUUUAGCAUAGCUUAGCAUAAUCUAUUGAAUAUGAUUAGACCAUUUAGCAUCACGCUCAAAAAUAAUUGUUACAGCCGAAAAUAGUCCCUUUAAUAUCUUGCAAUAGCAGACUAAUUUCGGGCAGUGCGUAAUAUCACUACUACGCCUUCUGCAGCCAUGUUACAGCAGCAAAGUCUUUGAUUAUUACGCCAGAAUGAGAGUAUAGUUCCUAUCCAUAUCUGCUUGGAAAAUAGCAACUUUUAAUUUUCCAUCUGCCUUAGUACACAAUUUACGUACAGAAGAGUCAAGUUUUAAAUAGGAAAAUAUCUAUAUUUUUGAGUGCGAUGCUAAUGGUCUAAUCAGAUUCAAUGAAUUAUGCUAAGCUAUGCUAAAGGUGGUACUGCCAGACCCAGAGAUCGGCUGAAUUGAUUCCAAAAUGGUACAAAUCAAAUGUGUCACUUUAAGUAUGAUUUAUGAGCUAUACUUAAGCAACGUGAUUCAUUUAAUCCAGCUUAUUUAGACGAUAGAUGAUUGAUUUUAGAUAAAUCAAACCAACAAAAAAGAUAAUUCAGCAUCAUAUUUAACUUACUAGUAUAACUCCUGUUUUAAUGAUCCAAAGUGCCAUGGUUUUCAAAAAGCAAUGUUUUGCAUAAUUGGACAAAGAUUCCUAAUUCUUGUUCUAGAUAAAUUGUUAAAUGCAUUUUUUGUUUGGUUUUACAAGAAAAUGUACAAUUAAAUGUUAUGAUGACGACGACAUGAUAAACUGAACUUUUUUAAUUUCCAUAAGCUUCCACAAUGUUGGAAAAACAUUUUAAGCAUUAAUGGAUCAUGGCACUGAUAUCUCCCGUUUCUUUUUAAUCACACUCCUUUGCACAACAAUCUGGAUCUCUUGUUUCUAAGACAGUCAAGUGAAGGCCCAUAAUGACUUUAAUGCACACUAACGCUUAACUACAGCUGGUUAAAGUACCACUUUAUUAUAAUGGAAUCAUCCUUCCCUUUAUCUGAAGUCUUCUGUAAUACCAUAUGACUGGCCAAAGAAUCUAAAGAUCUUAUUUAUAUUGUGGAUUUCCUAAAACUUUCUCACAACAAACCAAUGGAUAUUUUCCCUUACCUGGAAAACAUUUCAACUGAUUUGUUACAUCCACGUCUACCAAGUACCAUAUAUCAAGGGCCAAUUGUUAUCCUAUUUACUGACAUUCUCUAGAGAGAAAGGGCUGUAGUUUCACCUCUCUAUUCUACUGCUGCUGACAACAAGCUGCUUUACAAAGACUUUACGUAUAGUCUUGCCAAUAGCAUUGGGUAAGUUGCGGAAUGCUUUCUCUCUAAAAACUAUUACAAAUCAAUGGUUCAGACAAUUCAAAUGUACAGUGGAUAAGAAUUUAGAGAGUCAUAUGGCAAAAGCAAAUUAAAAGCCUGUAAUCUUACAACCCCUGGCUGUUCUGUUUUAUGGCACUUAAAAUGUUCUUUUUUGGAGAUUUGUUAGAGGAACACCGGGGGUUGGAAAUGAGGGCACUUACAGGAAGACCUGGUCGGGAUGCUGUGUUGCUAGAAACAUUAUUAUUCUGUGUGGUACAAAACAUUCUCUAAAAGCCCUUGUGCUUGUAUUGUUGCGUAUGUAUAUGGGUGGGACUGUAUCACAUGUAGAUGUAGUGAUUAAGAUUUUGAUGUGUUUAUAAUGGGAAAAUAAUAGAUAUCACUAUUUAUUUCUGUUUCUUUUUUCUUUCUGUACUGAAUAUGGACAAAAGCAUUGGCCUGUUGCAAAGUGAAUGUCAGUUUUCAUUGAAUGCUGCCAAGGUUUCUUAGUUACAAGUAGGUUACAAUCUAUACACAUUUACACACAGACAUAAAUAGGACAGCGAUGUCCAGUAGAUUACGGGUAGUCAUGACACAGAGAGAAAGAACAUGACUAGAAUUUUAAAAAGACAAGUUUACAGUAGAAAUAGCAUAUGAUGAAAUACAGGUUUAAUGCAAACCUGAAGGUGGAAUGACUGAAAGAUUUUCUCAACUAUUAUUAUAUUUCUUCAUAAACCUGGAAAACCUCAGGUUUAGAAAAGAUGCAUGAAUGCAUUUUAAUUGCAAUAAUGAGCUUGAGGUUUCACAGACGUCAUUUCCCAGCCACGGUUGUUUUUGCUUGGCAUUCUGACAAAUUUCAAAAGGGGCCUUGAUCUACUGUACUGAAAAAAAAGACUUUAAUAACACUUAUUGUUUUCCUUUCACAAAAAAAAAAAACAUAAAAUCUCUGUGUCAUUGCAUUGAUUGGUAGAAAGUUAUGGUAAAACGGCUUGGCUGGUACUCUUGUCUUCUUGUAAGUUAUGUAUCUAAGGCCUGUUAUUUCAGUUAUUUCUCACCUCCAAAUGGUAGAAUUUUUACAUGCUUAAUGUAUAUCUGAAGAAUUUUCAUGUAUUUUCUUUUUCCUAAAUUUUGAAUUAAAAAAAAUGAAUGAGUCUGAA